CAACAACAACAACAGAGGGAGGAGGAGAAGAUCUGUGCGCUGAAUAAAGUCAAACAAAUCGUUUGUUAUUUACGUAGUUUUUUAUUUCUCAAACUGGAGCAGCGACUGGGUUUUAAAAGCCGUUGGUGGAACAUCCCUGUAAAUCACCGUCAAAGCGGCAGACGAAGACAAGAGAAUGAAACCAAAUCUCCCCGUAUUAUUUUCCUCCUAACGCUGCUUCUCACUCCAGUCCAGGGGGUGGUGCAGAGCGGGCCAUCACCAUCUUGGCAGCAUGUCACUCCGGGUCGUGACUCAGUUUUGAAGCAAGCAGGAAUAUCUGGAGGAGUAUCAUCUGAACUGAGAUCUGCUGCUGUGAAGAUGGAGUUUGUUAAAGAGGAGAGAGAAGAGAACACAAGUGAGCCAGAAACCUGGAGAAUAAAACAAGAGGAACCAGAAACCUGGAAAAUAAAACAAGAGGAACCAGAAACCUGCAGAAUAAAAUACAAGGAACCAGAAACCUGGGUAAUAAAACAAGAGGAACCAGAAACCUGGGGAAUAGAACAUGAGGAACCAGAAACUCUGAGAAUAGCUCAUGAGGAUCCAGAAACCAUGAGAAUAAAAUAUGAAGAAUCAGAAACCAUGAGAAUAAAACACGAGAAACCAGAAACCAUGAGAAUAAAACACGAGGAACCAGAAACCAUGAGAAUAAAACACGAGGAACCAGAAACCUGGGGAAUAGAACACGGGGAACCAGAAACUUUGAGAAUAACUCACGAGGAACCAGAAACCUGGAGAAUAAAACACGAGGAACCAGAAACUAUGAGAAUAAAACACGAGGAACCAGAAACCAUGAGAAUAAAACAUGAGGAACCAGAAACCUGGGGAAUAGAACACGGGGAACCAGAAACUUUGAGAAUAACUCACGAGGAACCAGAAACCUGGAGAAUAAAACACGAGGAACAAAGAGGCCUGAUGGAAAUGAAAGAAGAAAGACAAGAUCUGAAUGAGGUGGAGGAGAAAUAUCAGGAUCAGAAAGAUCAUGAUGUCAAUGGAGAAAAAUCAGCGAUUUGCAGCAUUAAAGAAAGAGAAGUCAAAGGGCCUUUCAGCUGCUCUGAGUGUGGAAACACGUUCACAUGUAACAGAAAUCUUAAGAGGCACAUGUUAAUUCAUGCUGAAAUAAAACCUUUCAGCUGCUCUCAGUGUGGAAAGAGUUUUACCACGAGAGCAAGCAUUAAGGAUCACAUGUUAAUUCAUGCUGGGAUAAAGCCUUUCAGCUGCUCUCAGUGUGGAAAGAGUUUUACACAGAAAGGACAACUUAAGAAUCAUUUGGUAACUCAUACUUCAGAAAAGCCUUUCAGCUGCUCUGAGUGUGGAAAGAGUUUUACACAGAAAUCAAGCUUAAAGAUUCACAUGUUAAUUCAUACUGGGAUAAAGUCUUUCAGUUGCUCUCAGUGUGGAAAGAGUUUUACAUAUAAACUAUGCCUUAAGAAGCACAUGUUAAUUCAUACUGGAAUGAAGCCUUACAGCUGCUCUCAGUGUGGAAAGAGUUUCACACAUAAAGUAAAGCUUGAGAAUCAUUUGGUAACUCACACUUCAGAAAACCAUAUCAGCUGCUCUCAGUGUGGAAAAAGUUUUACAACGAGAGCAAGCAUUAAGAAUCACAUGUUAAUUCAUGCUGGAAUUAAGCCUUUCACCUGCGCUCAGUGUGGAAAGAGUUUCACAUUUAAAGGAAACCUGACGCAUCACAUGUUAAUUCAUGCUGGGAUAAAGUCAUUCAGCUGCUCUCAGUGUGGAAAGAGUUUUACAAAGAAAUCAAACCUUACGAAGCACGUGUUAAUUCAUACUGGGGAAAAGCCUUUCUCCUGCUCUCAGUGUGUAAAGACUUUUAGAGAUAAAUCAAGCCUUAAGGAUCACAUGUUAAUUCAUACUGGGAUAAAGUCUUUCAUCUGCUCUCAGUGUGGAAAGAGUUUUACAAAGAAAGCAAGCCUUAAGAAGCACAUGUUAAUUCAUACUGGGUAAAAAGCUUUCAUCUACUCUGUGUAGAAAGCCUUUUAAACAUAAAGGUGACCUUGAUAAUCAUUUGGUAACUCAGAUUUCAUAAGCCUUUUACAUAUUAAAGGGGUCAUCGGAUGCCCAAUUUCACAAGUUGAUAUGAUUCUUUAGGGUCUUAAAAAAAAACUUACUUUGGUUAAAAUGUCUCAAUUGUAGUGUAACCAUUGAUGUUACUGCUGUGUUAAUAUUUACAUUCAAUUAAAUUCAAGUUUAUUUGUAUUGAAAGUGAAGAGUUGUCAUCAGGUUACAGAGCCCCUCCCCUCAAUAUCGCCCUCUCCGCCAUGUUGGCAGGAUCCCAGCGGCAAAACAUGAUUGUUUACAUGUGGUGUUAACUCUAGUGGAGGAGGUUCUCGCAAUUCCGCACUGUUUUACCAUGCCUGGAAGUUACUGCUGCGUUAAAAAACUGCUCCAUUAGCUCACACGAUACAUAUGGAACACACAGGAACAAUGGAAUACAGUUUUUUAGGUUAAACCAGGCGCAAAACAGUGGUAUUUGGAGAAGCUCUCAGGCAUCCAAAAUAUCGACCCAUUCAAGCUCCCUGCAGUGGAAUGGCACAUAGGACCAUUUACCUACAUGCAUAUAUAUGGACAUUGUGAAUUAUCUAAACAAUGCAGGAGUUUAAAAGCCACAAGUCUUUGGAAAGUUUUUCCAAAUCAUUAGGUUCUGUCAUUCAGAAACAUGGCUUUUCAUACCACUGCUAUGCUGAUGACACUCAACUCUACCUCUCAUUCCAUCCUGAUGAUCCGACGGUAGCUAUUCGCAUCUCAGCUUGUCUAACAGACAUUUCUUCCUGGAUGAUGGACCAUCAACUUCAACUCAACCUUGCCAAGACAGAACUGCUUGUGAUUCCAGCAAACCCAUCGUUCCAUCACAAUUUCACCAUCAUGUUAGGCACAUCAACCAUAACUCCUUCAAAAACAGCUAGAAGCCUUGGAGUAAUGCUGUGUUCACACCAAACGCGAAUAGAGCGUCAAAUUCGCGUCUACCGCGCCUAGUUUGCCGCUUGACCAUUUUGAGAUCAUUCGCACGUGAAAUUAACUUCACAACAGACGCGAAUUCGCGUCAUGGGGGGCUUCUGCCAGCUGAGUUCACGCAGCAUUUUCAACCGCCAUUUUUAUUCGGAUAAUUUUCAAAAUAUUACUGUUAUUGUGUCAUGAAAUGUAGUUUUAAAAGUAUUUCAGGCGAGAAUGAAGUUGUUUUAAACUCAAAUAUGCGGUUCAUUUAUAAUGACAGCGUCUAUUUAAAAAAAUGUGUUUCGCCGAUCUCGGAGAUGAGCUCCAUGCGAUCAGCGGGAGCUCCGUCAUCAUGUAUCCGCCGAGAGCAGCCUCACCUCGGAUAGAUCUUCUGACAUUUGCCGCUGGCUCUGAUGUCUCUUUAGUGGUUCAAGAUAAAAUAUAAUUCGUUUGGGGUAAAAUGAAACGUUUCUUAUCUUUGGCCUUUAUUCAAUUUAUCUAUUAAUAUGGGAACAUAGGCUACUGUUGAAUGAGUGACUCCUAGCAGGCUCCUGAUUGGUUAACGUGGCGCGAAUUGACGCCAAAGUUCAAAUUUUUCAACUCGGGCGGCAGACGCGAAUUCGCGUUAAACGCUAAAUGCACAAAAAUCACCAUUCGCGCGAAUGAGGCGAAUUCCAGACGUGCGUAAAUGCGCCUUUGCAUUGACUUAACAUUGAAAUCAUUCGCACUAGACGCUCUAUUCGCGUUUGGUGUGAACACAGCAUUAUGAUUGAUGAUCAGCUGACUUUCUCAGACCACAUUGCUAAAACUGUCCGAUCCUGCAGAUUUGCUUUAUUCAACAUCAAGAAGAUAAAGCCCUUUCUUUCGGAACAUGCUGCACAACUCCUUUUUCAAGCUCUUGUUCUGUCCAGGCUGGACUAUUGCAAUGCCCUCUUGACAGGUCUUCCAGCCAAUUCUAUCAAACCUUUACAAUUAAUUCAGAACGCGACAGCAAGAUUAAUUUUUAAAGAGCCAAAAAGAAUACACGUCACACCUCUGUUUAUCAAUUUGCACUGGCUUCCAAUAGCUGCUCGCAUAAAAUUCAAGGCAUUGAUGUUUGCCUACAAAACUACCACUGGCUCUGCACCAAUUUACCUAAAUUUGUUACUUCAGACUUAUGUGCCCUCUAGAAGCUUGCGUUCUGCAAGUGAACAUCGUUUGAUUGUGCCAUCCCAAAGAAUCACGAAGUAACUUUUAUGGACUUUUAAAUUAAAUGUUCCCUCCUGGUGGAAUGACCUCCCCAAUAGGGCCCUUCGCGGGACUGUUUUCUUCAUCCCGCUCCCGCCGAAUUUCUGACCAUUACCGCCCGCUCCCGCAAUGUAUGUGUUACACUCCCGCCCGCUCCCGCAAUAUGUAUGUCCACUCCCGCCCGCACCCGCAAAACUCUGACAAUUUAUUCCCGCACAAUAAUAGAGAUGCAUUGAUUUUGUGUCUUCUCCCGUCCCGCAGGAAAAAAAAAAACAUGUAUUUGUAUUGAUAUUAUUAAAGAGAUUCAUGGGGUUGUUUGUUUCGUUUCCCUGGCCUGCAUAUAAAAAAAAAUAAUAAAAAAAGAUAAAACACAUAAUACAUUCAAAUAUAAUUUAGUUUUUAUCAAAAACUUUGCACAUAAAAAUAGACUGCUUUGCAAAAAAAAUAUACAUAAUAUGAUAAAAUGGGCUACAUGAAAAACAGCAGUUUUACAAUUAUUAGCCAAAUGUCGCAGGUAUUCUGUUUGAAAAAUACAAAUAAGAAUAAAAACAUUCAAACUUAGGCAGCCUGCUCAAUAACACUGGCAUCAUCACGCCUCUUGACAUAAUUAACAAAUGGCAACAAGGGGCUGUGCUCAAAAAACAACACUAAUAAAUAACAUUAGGUUCUUUUCUACAUCAUCUACUGACAUCUUCUCCAUCAUGUCGCUAGGCAACCUCCCUAUCCCGCGGUGUUUUUUUUAUCCGCCCAUUCCCGCCCGCAGCAAAAUUCAAACCGCGAGAUUUGCGUUGGGUCCCGCGGGACCCGGCGGGACUCAAUCCUAAUGCAGCCCUCUACUCCCCAACUCAAUCCGAGCAGCUGAGUCAUUAUCCAUCUUCAAGAAUCGGCUUAAAACACAUCUCUUCCAUCUUUAUUUGACCCUUCUUUAAUACUCACUAUUCUAAUUCUAUUCUUUAAAAAAUCUAACUACCUUUCUAAUCUUUUUGUAUUCUAUUUUCUUUUCAUUUAUUAUGCAAUUGUAUAUACAGUAUGUGUGUGUGUGUGUGUGUUUUUUGUGUGUGUGUGUAAAGACCACUAACUAGCUUGCUCUAUUCUUUUUUUUAUUCUGUUUUCUUUUUAUUUAUUAUAUUAUUUAAAAUUCCAUGCUACGUGUAUUGUGUUAACUUAACUGAGACUUGUUAUAGCACUUAUAUAUCAUUGCUUUUUUUGUUGUUUUUGAUUGCUUCCACUGUCUUCAUCUGUAAGUCGCUUUGGAUAAAAGCAUCUGCUAAUUGAAUAAAUGUAAAUGUAAAUGAUUGAGCAAAAAUGUUUAAUAGUAUAAGUUGUAGGACCUCUGUGAACAGACACGAAUAAACUUCACAAUCUGAGCACCAUUAAUUAUUAUCUGAAGGGAACAAUGCUCAGUUAUAUGUCAGCUUUAAGAGGACAUAUAACGGAGGACCUCUGUUCCAAAAUACCCCUGCUCAUCAGAAAACGAAUCAUGAGCUAAUCAUGUGACGUUGACAUCCUGAGUAGGUUUUCAUGCGGCUAUCUCCUAAAAAGGAGCUGAUUUAAUGAACUCUGAUCACAAAAUCCAAACCGGAAUCAACAAUAAUUAACGAACCACAACAAAGGAUCCAUACAGCGUGUCAACUUGCUUGAAACAAACGGAACUUUUUAAUAAAUAAUCUCUAAAGGACAACCAUUGAAAAAUCUGAAGGUUUAACUAUAUUAACAAAUAAUAUGUUUUAAGUCUGAAGUCUGUUCAAGGUAAUCGGUGCCACUUUAAUGUUUUAUAUAUGGCUUUUAUAACUUAUGCAGAUAGUGCUUUUAAAUGUGUGUAAGGUAUGGAAAGUUUAGUAUGGAAACGAAUGGCCAUGAGUGUUUGCAAGAGUGUGAAAAGAUGGUAUUUUGAAAGGUGUGUGUUGUACGAUACGUUAUAGAAGUUAUUAAACAAAAGCUUGCAAAAAUAUUGCUAAGUUGAAGUAUCAUGUUAAAGAAUGCAUGCUCCACCUUGCAGCAAGCAGAUUGGAAGAUCACGUUGUGGGAUGGGUCCAUUCCGCUUGGAUAAAACCCAAAUGUCUGAACUAAUUCAGUGCACUGCGCUUCCAUCUUUGCCAUUGCUUGACAAGGCAACAAGUUAAUCUCCAACUCUUCUAUUCAAUGCUAAUGCAAGUAAAACAAUAACUUUAUUUCUUGCUGAAGUAAGUAUUAAUUUAUCUUAAGCAGUAAAUAUAAGACACAUUUCUGCUUUUGUGAUAUUCUUGGUGCGAUCUAAUGAAUAACUUACUCCUGGGACUUAAUUCAAAUCCCUUAUCAUCCUUUUCAAUAAACUCUGUGUGUGUAUAUGUGUGUGUCUAGGUCCAUGUAAUAGAGUAGCUCAAUAAAUUAUUGUUUCAUUUAUAAAGAAA